GGAACAGGCCUGGGAGUGGGGCGUGAGUUUGUGAAUGUUCAAAGGUCGCCAAAGAAGAAGUUUGCCUCAAUAUGUGCCGAUUAUUCUCUGGAAUACAUUAACAGCUUAGAGCACUCUGACAUCAGUGAUAUAUAUUGACAUCGUCGUCACGUUCCUCAAAACCGAUUGAUGGCUCAGCAGGAGUACAAGCGUCUUAGCGAUGCCUUGUUCACGUACAAGGGAACAGCCUACCCUAUUGAUGACAGCUAUGAACUUACUCCGGAAUAUCUUGACAGCAUGGAACACUUUGAGAUCAGAGACAGUGACGUUUUUCUUGUCACUUACCCAAAAUCUGGCACAGUAUGGACCCAGCGCAUUGUUACCUUGCUGUAUGAAGAGGACUUCCCAGACUCUGUGGACAAGAACUCACUUGAGCGCAUGCCCUGGCUGGAGGUCUUGGUUAAAGGUGCAGACUACACCAAACGGCCAUCACCCAGGCUGUUCUGCUCCCAUCUGCAGGAGCACCUGGUCCCCAGAGGCCUGCAGGAGAAGAAGGCCAAAGUCAUCUACAUCACCAGGAACCCCAAAGAUGUCCUAAUCUCUUACUUUCAUUUCACAAAUUGCGUGCCCAGGUGGGAGAAACAUGAAGACUUGGAUGAAACACUGGAUAAAUUUUUCUCUGGUUGGAUGGUUGGUGGUUGCUGGUUUGACCACAUGAAGGGAUGGCACAGCAACAGAAACAAGUACAACAUUCUCUUUCUAAGCUAUGAAGAAAUGAUCAAGGACCUGAGAUCUGUAGUUGUGAAGAUCAGUGAGUUUGUGGGGAAAAACGUGUCUGAUGCAGCAACUGAUGAAAUAGUGAAGCGAGUCACCUUCACGAAGAUGAAGGUCGAUCCUUUGGCAAACUAUGACUUCAUGAACAAAGAGAACAAAGAGAAGGGAUCAUUUCUACGCAAAGGUACAAUUGGGGACUGGAAGAACAACCUUACGGUGGCUCAGAGUGAACGCUUCGACAAAGUCUUCCAGGAGAGGAUGAAGGACUUCCCUCUGACCUUCAUCUGGGACAUCAGUGAGCUCCGUGGCUGAUGUUUCAGAUGUCAUCUAUAAACUGGACAGAGUAUACAGUGCAGUCCAUAAGUAUUUGGACAGUAACAUACUUUUUGUUGUGCUCCCUGUACUCCAGCAAAUGAACAGUUCAAAUAAAACAACCACUAUUAAUGUG